UCAGUCGGUGCAUUGGUCGGUACAUUCACGGGUGCAUUGCUCGAUUGUAAACAAUUCUAGUCUAUACAUUUCGAGUCUUUUCUGUUUUUUCAGAUAAAACGGUUUACUAUAUAAACUAAUAUAAUUUUUUGAUAACACAUAAUAAAAAAUAAUAAUACAAGAAUAUAAUCAUGAGUGACAAAACGUUACUUGAUAUUGAUGACACGAUAUUGAGAAAAAAUUUAUUAUUAUCCGAAAAUAAACAUGAAUCUGAAAUAGACGAAAUAUUAAAACAACAGUUUGAAACUAAACCUAAAUCGAUUAUUAUUCAUCCUUCGCCUGGUGUUUGUAUAAAAACAAAAACAAAUGCGGGUGAAAAAGUAUUUUUAAAUGUAUGUACAACUAAUAAAAUACCUCCACCAGAAGACAUAUCAGAAGAGACCUUAAUUUCACUUUUAGAUCAAGAAACACCCUUUUAUUCUAUACCAAUGAGCAUUGGCCAAGAGAGAUUAGAACCUGAUAAAGGUGGUACCUUAUGCAUGACUCAUGAUGUUGCAAUAAAUAAGAAUUUUUUUGAAAAAUGUCAAACUCAAAAUUAUUUAUGGUUAUUUACAAUGACCGUUAUAAUAGAAGGUGUGUCGCAUAAAUUUGCUAAAUCUCUCGAUUCCAAAACUUGUAUUGUUUUGAAAAAUCGAAAAGUCAUGGGUACGAUUCAACCGCAACGUAUUGAUGAUCGCGAAGCACGUCCACAGUCCACAUUAGCACCACAGUCCAAAAAACCAUUAAUUCAAGAAAUAUCAUCAAAUACAUUGAAUACAGAUAAGUCAGUUACUUUGGCCCAAUUACAAAAUAAUUGCCAAAAACCUGAGACUAACAAUUAUGUAAUAUUAAAAGAACCUUUGGAAGGAAUAGCAAAACGUUUAAUUGGUUUAUUUCUUAUACCUAAAGGAAUAUCUACACAUGAUUUGGAUGUACUUGUUGACGUCGAUCGCAUUAUUGUUACAACAACGAGUGGAAACAAAUUUGCAUAUGAUAUAUGUAUGCCUUAUGCUAUUAACUUGAAUGAAACGGAAAGCUUCUUUGAUCAAGAUUUGAGGAUCUUACGAUUAAAUAUGCCAAUCGAAAAUAUGUAGUAGAAAUGGUAAGAUAAUUAAACAUGAGUAUAAUUUGUUAUGCAUUCAUUCAUUUCUAUGAUCAAAUAGAUUAAUUUGAUGACAACACUCGUUGAAUGAACUUUUUUCGAAAACUGAUUGAUUAUUGUAUAUUUAUUAUAUUAUAUUUGAAUUUAUCUGUUAUCUGUUAUUAAGUGAUAUGUACUUUGUUACAUGUUCAUUCUCAUUGUACAAGUUUAAACUCCACUGUGGGAAAAAGAUAAAGACGAAAAUAAAGAUGUUGUUCAUUUCUGA